UCUAUUUUGGCAACAUCUAUGAAAUUUGUUCCAAAUAUGUAAAAGAACGGUUUCCUUCAGAUUAGGUUAAGUUUGGUUAUCACUGCUACUUGAUUCUUUGAAUGAUUGGCAUGGCUUCUUCAAGCUCUCUCUUGAGGAUGGAAGAAAUAGCAGGGAAAGGAAGAGGUCUCGUUGCAGCAAAAUCCCUGAAAGCAGGUCAAAUAAUUCUCACUGAAUCCCCUCUCAUUCUCUACUCAGCUUCUCCUCUCUAUGCACCAUCUUCUUCACCUUUCACCAACUGUGAUCACUGCUUCAGAAUCUUAUCCUCUCACACAACCAUUUUCCGAUGCCCCUCUUGCUCCCACCACACUUUCUGCUCCCAAAGCUGUCUCUCACUUGCACAAAACUCCUCACACUCCAAUUGGGUAUGCAAAGCUCUCACCUUUCUUCUUCAACACCCCAACUCAACACUCUUUCAACAACACCCUCCAGAACGCCAAGUUCAAGCUCGUUUCGUUGUAGCUUCUCACAACCUCUUCCUCCACUCCCCUUCUCAACUUCACACUUUCCUCUCUCUUCAUGGCACUCCAGAUACUGCCAUUUAUGAUGUUGCCAAGUUUCUCCAUUCUCUAAUCUCACCUCUUUUCCCACCCGAGGGUCAACUUUCUGUAGAUCUCACUGCACAACUUCUUGCAAAGGACAGACUCAACUCCUUCUGCUUAAUGGACCCCUAUUCCCCUGAUGGACCUCAGAGAUCCAUCAAAGCUUAUGCUAUUUACCCCAAAGCCACGUUCUUCAACCAUGACUGUGUUCCCAAUGCCUGCAGGUUCGAUUAUGUGGACACUGGUGAUGAACACAACACUGACAUAGUUUUUAGGUUGAUCGAGGAUGUUCCUGCUGGGAAAGAGAUCUGCAUCAGCUAUUUCAGGAUUGGAAGGGAUUAUUUCACCAGAAAAAGGAUCUUGAUGGAGGAUUAUGGCUUCACUUGUGGAUGUGAUAGGUGCAGGAUCGAAGCAAAUUGGGGAGAAAACCAGGUGGAGAUGAACAGUGACCUGCCACACGUGCGGUUCCUUCGCAAGCAUAUUUGUGAGAGGAAGAAUUGUGCUGGCACAAUGGCUCCUCUGCCUCCAAAAGAUGAUGUGCCUUCUAAUAUUCUGGAGUGUAACUUCUGUGGCAAUUUGAAAGAAAUAUGAUUGUGAUGUUGCUUAGUUUUGAUGUCAAUGAAAUUGUCAUAUCAGUUGUAUUUUCUGGUAUCUUUUUGGAAGACUCAGAUUAUGCAAUGUGGUUACUCUUGUCCUUUA